AUGAUUGUCUCAAUCCUGAAAAGAUUGCUUGCUAGUUGUCUUAUAACGCUACCCCUUAUUGUUCAGUCGUUGCCUAUUUAUCCCGAAACCUCUUCGAUUCCUACCAAUGGUACCUUUCUCAAACCGCGAUUACAUCGACAAUUCAGAAUCAAGGACUGUAAUCUGGAGCACACUGAUACGAUCAAUACUGCAAUAAAAGAAAUUUCGCAAGUCCUUGCGAGAACUAUAGUAAGACUCGAGAACCUCAUCGCUCAACUUGAAACCUCAGCAUUCGACAUUUUUGAAGAUCUUGAUGAUACUGAUUACUCUACUCUUGAUAUCUUUGGUGUUCUUUAUGGCAGAUUGCUCUUAACUGACAGUAAUAUCGACUUAAAAAAUCGUAAGGAUAAGCCAGCCGCUGUUGAUAUCCUAAAUGACUAUCUAGCUGAUUAUCAUUACGAUAAAUCUGGUAAUAACUUUGGAUGGAUACAAAUCAAAAAAGUUUAUCAGAAAAAUCCCACUCUUGAAGGGUUCACCUUCAGCAUUUCUUCCAACUUAAUAAUCGAGAACCAACAUAGCCUUGCCAUCGUCAUCGCUAUAUGCCCUCUGGCAACUAGUCGUACCCGAUUUAAGGCUACACUUACCUCUAUUAGAGACAAAACUCUUAUCAAGUCAGAUUCUCUCGAAGAGCUUGCCUUACAAACUACCACAUUUUUACUUCUUCACGAGUUUUCCUUUGCUUUCUUUGCUACCGCCAUGUUUCUUGACAUCUAG